AUGGCCAAAUUAGCAAUCGACGCUAAACAGUUCAAAAACCUACUAGAAACAACAAAGAGGUUUAACAAAUGCUUGAAAGCAAUAAACCUUGUGGAAUUGGGCAAAGGAAGAUGCACAGCUACGUUAAAAGUGAAAGAAGAACACACGAAUUCCAUGGGAACAAUGCAAGCAGGAUUUGCAGCGAGUUUAGUAGACACCAUCUCGAGUCAUGCUCUCUUUACCCAUGAAAAAGGGAACCAUCCCAGUGUGUCUGUAAAUAUAAACGUUUCAUAUUUGAAAGGAAUUAAAGAGGGCGAAGAAAUACUGAUCGAAGCUGAUACGUUAAAAGUGGGAAAAACGAUGGCUUUUCUGCAGGUUUUAAUCAAAAAUAAAAUCAAUGGAAACUUGCUGGUUAAAGGAGAACACACAAUGUUCCUACUACAAAAGUAA